AUGCGCCAGCCCCUGUCGGCCCUGGUGCACAGCGGAGGAGGCACUUCCUGCCUCCACCUACUGCAACACUUGCAGCCCUGAACAUCGUCCUCCCCUCAUGUUCCCAGCCUGCCGCUUCUAGUGUUUGCACUCUGUCCCACGCUGCUUUAGCCGCCGCUCAGUGCGCUUCUUCUCACACCGUGGAAGCAACUGUUGAUGUCGCUUUCUGUGACAAAGUCCUGUGGUCACCUGAAUGUCCACAUCUUUCAGGUUUAAAGGAAAAAAGAACAUAAAAAAGUAGAGUUACAGUCUUGAGUUGGUGGAAGAGAUACCAGUAAAUAAGAUGUCAGAAGAUGAGAACAACUCAGAGACUGGAAGAGUCACUAGAUCCGGAUCACCAGAGGAAAGUGGAUUUAUUGAAGAAACACCAGAUCCCUUAAAUGAAGCUUCUCCAUAUUCAGAAAGGAGAGAUUCUAGUCAUAUUUAUGAAAUAAAUCCUUCAAAGGGGGGCACAGAACAGUCAGCAGCCUCCUCUCCAAAUCAACUUAAUAGAGAUGAAGAGAAAAAUAAAAACAUUCUGUUUUCUGAUGCCAACAUAGCAGAUGUCACCCCACUGUCAAAACCAGAAAUGUCCCGAAACUCUGUGUCAUCAGAGACGAAGGCAAUGGAAGACUAUCAAAAUGUCGGAUUUCCAUCUGGGGAGAAAGUUAGUCCACAAACCUCCAAAAAUCAGAAAGAAUUUGACUUAGAGGCAGAUAACUUUGCAGUUAAUCUUGAGGCCAAGGGUUUACAAGAAUUCCCUGUGGACAUUUUAAAAGUCAAAUAUGUAAAAUAUCUGUAUUUAGAUAAGAAUCAAAUAAAAACUUUCCAAGGGGCAGAUCCAGGAGAUGUGCUAGGACUUGAGAUUCUGUCCCUGCAAGAAAAUGGAUUGCCAUCAAUUCCCAUGGAAAUACAGUUGCUUCACAACUUAAGGAUACUAAAUGCCAGUUACAACCAGAUAUCAUGCAUCCCUAAAGAACUAUUACAACUUAGGAAUAUGACACAACUCUUUUUAAAUAGUAAUUUAAUUGAGGAUUUACCUGCUGCUGGCUUGGAAAGUCUUAGAAAUUUGGAAAUUUUAAGUUUAGGUAAAAAUAUGUUAACACAUAUACCAGAGUCUUUGUCCAGUUUGAAGAACUUGCAAAUUCUUAAUCUGGAAUAUAACCAAUUGACAAUAUUUUCUAAGUCCCUAUGCUUCCUUCCAAAAUUGGUUUCACUAAACCUUACUGGAAACAUGAUAGGCAGUUUGCCAAAAGAAGUUAGGGAGCUGAAAAACUUAGAAACCCUUUUAAUGGAUCAUAAUAAACUUACCUUUUUGUCUGUGGAAAUUUUUCAGCUGCCCAAAAUAAAAGAACUUCAGCUAGCUGACAAUAAAUUGGAAGCUAUUUCAAACAAAAUUGAGAAUUUCAGACAACUCAGACUUCUUAACCUUGAUAAAAACUUAUUGAAAAACAUACCAAAGAAAAUUUCCCACUGUCUACUGUUGGAAUAUCUUAGUCUUAGUGAUAAUAACAUAGAAGAGCUUCCUAGGAAAAUUCAUAGGCUUAAAAAUUUGAGACAGCUCCAUGUUAACAGAAAUAAAAUGAUAAAAAUGGCUGAAGAAAUCUCACAUCUUAAUAACAUAAACAGCCUGGAGUUUUCAGGCAAUCAAAUCACACACAUUCCGAUUGAAAUAAAAAACUGCAAAAAAAUAACCAGAGUUGAAUUGAAUUACAACAAUAUAAUGUACUUCCCAGUGGGGUUGUGUGCUUUACCGGCACUUGACUACCUGAGUUUUAAUGGAAAUUAUAUUUCAGAAAUCCCUGUGGAUAUAUCAUUCAGUAAGGAGCUGCUUCAUCUAGAGUUGAAUAGAAACAAACUCCCCAUGUUUUCAGAACACCUGUGUUCUCUCACUAAUCUUGAAUACCUGGAUCUUGGUAAAAACCAAAUAAAGAUAAUUCCUCCCUGUAUCUCUGCCAUGGUGUCACUCCAUGUGCUCAUUCUGUCUGGUAAUAAGUUUGAAAUUUUUCCAGAGGAACUGUGUGCUUUAAAAAACUUGCAAGUACUUGAUAUUUCAGAAAAUCACUUACAGAAAAUACCUUCAGACAUAUCUAAACUGAAAGGGAUCCAGAAAUUAAACUUCUCGAGCAAUCAGUUCACACAUUUUCCUGUUGAAGUAUGCCAACUUCAAACCCUGGAGGAGCUGAAUAUGAGUCAGGCGAGUGGGAAAAAGUUAACAAGACUUCCAGAAGAGCUGUCUAAUAUGAUUCAACUCAAAACACUUGAUAUCUCAAACAAUGCCAUCAAAGAGAUUCCAAGAAAUAUAGGGGAGUUGAGAAGCCUGGUUAGUCUACAUGCAAACAACAAUCAAAUAAGUUCUCUACCACCAUCCUUUCUGUCUUUAAAAGUUCUACAGCACCUAGAUCUCAGAGGAAACAACCUGACAGCUCUACCUAGUGCUAUCUACAGUCUUUUUUCGCUGAAAGAGAUAAAUUUUGAUGACAAUCCAUUGUGGAGACCACCAAUGGAAAUCUGCAAAGGAAAACAGCUGCAUACUAUUGCACGCUAUCUCCAAAGAGCAGAUGAAAGAGAUGAAAAAAUCUUAGAGAAGAUAUUCAACAUAGUUGCCAACAAUGUCACUGAAAUAAAUUUUGAAUUUUUGCAACAAAAACUGAACAUCACAAGCUCAGAAAAUAGCUUCCCUGUAAAGAACACUACUCCAUUAAAUGAGAGGAUCUACCAUGCACUUAUUAAGUGGAAAGCAGAUAAAAGCUUGUUACUCACAGCUACUGCCUUAAGAGACCAACUUGUUCGGGCACUAAACAUGAUAGGUGCCUACGACAUAAUGGACAAGAUCACAGCUUUGAAUCUUUAUACAAGUGCCAUCAAAAUCUAGCCAGUGAAUCUGAAGUAGAGGCUGAAAACUUACGAGGCAUUUACAGAAUUCAUUUUGCUGAUACAAAGGAAUUAUUUGUA